AUGGAACCGCCUCCUAGCCAAGGCCGCUGGUCCAAGAAAGACAUCCGGAGGUUACUGCUGCGUAUUGAAAAUAACCUCCUGUCCAGUGAUAACCCAGGGUCCGAAGUGGACGAGUCACAACCAGACUGGGAGAAAAUAGCGUUUCAAGGCUUCUCUGGGGAUGUGUGUAAACUCAAGUGGACAGAGAUUUGUUCCGAAUUAGGGAAGUUCCAGCCGCUGGCAAAAGUGGUGCAGGAAGCCAGAAAACUCAUUAGCAGUCGCAAUGGAAACAAUGGAUCCCAGAAGCACCCCGACUUCCCCAAAAGGCCCUUGACGGCUUAUUUCCGAUUUUACAAGGAGCAGAGGCUCCAAUAUUCCCAAAAGUACCCUCAGAUGAACAACCACGAGCUGGCCAAGAUCCUGGCUGGGAAGUACAGGCAGCUCCCACAGGAGGUGAAGCAGAAAUACACUGAGGAAUACUGGAAGGACAGGGAGGAAUUUGAAGAAAAAGUGGCUCAAUUCUGGCAAAACCACCCCGAUCAGGUCCAGAGCUCCAAAAAGUCUGGUGGGGGCAAGAGGAGCCCAAACAAAGCUCCAAAAAAUGCCCAAGACAGUGUGCAAAGCGUGAGGCCUCCAUCCAAGACCAAUGCAUUUGGCAAGUAUGUGAAAUUUCAUGGAGAGCCUGCGAAGCCCCCCAUGACGGCAUAUAGUAAGUUUCAAGAUGACUGGUGGUCAAAGAAGGAGUUGGAAGACUUGUCCCCCAAGGAGCGCAGGGUGGAGAUCGGCAGGCGCUGGCAUCGCGUGCCCCCGGCCUUGAGGGAACAGUAUAGGCAGCAGGCGGAGGAGCUGCAAAGACAUUACUGGGUGGACCUGGACCUCUGGCUCAAGGGUCUGUCCCCUGAGGAGUAUGCCGCAUACAAAAAGAGAAGCUCUGGGAAGGGCAAGAUCGUGACCUCGCCUGGAGACCCAAACCCCAGUUUCAGCAGGAGAGACCUGCCGCCCUCACCAGCCACGCCUCUGCAGGAAGAACCAGGCAAGGAGAAUGGGCCACAGACUCCAGGCACAGAUGCUCCAGGUGCGGUGUCCAGCAGACAGCCCCACUCACCCGGAUCUGAGAAAACCAGGAAGGAACCCAAGGAAGAAGAUGGUAUCUCCUCAGACUCCAGCAAUGAAGAUGAAGAUGAGGACAUGAACCUGACUCUUGCCCUAAUCUGGGCUGAGGAGCCCUUGGUGGGACAUGGAGAAAUUCAUUCAAGAAAAUCCACCUAUUCUCGGUCCCUCUCCCUGAGCCUUGAAGCAGGCAGUUGA